UCGUUUAGUAGAGCAUAUAAUUUUUUUUCAAAAGGUAUACCGACUACAAAGUGUUUUUUCUUAAAAAAAAAAUAAUGAACACGUAUACCAUUUUUGUAUUUUUCAUGUUUUAUUCGAACGUUUACAGCGUUUCUCCGAAAAACAAUGGAAAAAUACCCUCGACCGCUAGUUUAGACCGGGAAACGAUCAGAGAACUUUUAAAAGACCAAGAGGCUAAUUCGGAAUGGAGUCAUAUUUUAAGUAGAAAUAUUUCAUUCAAGAAUACAUACGAGCCACUGAAGGAGUACAUUGAUACUAACGGCGAUUCUUCCGAAGAAAUUCAACACAUUAACGUGCUCAACGUGUUGCAGAAAUAUGCCGAAGACGAUGUGAUGAAUAAGAAAGUAAGUAUCGACGUUAUACGUGGCUUAGUCGAAGACGCUACCGACUUUGCCGGGUUGAUGGAUACCAACUUGUAUGCAAUGUUAAUUCUCAAUGACUUGCUACUUUACUGCAGCAGCUUUAACGGUGUUAUGUGUGAAGAAGAAAUCAUCGAUAUUGAAAACAACGUGAUACGCUGUACAACGGCUAAUGACAAUCACCAUAUGAAAUUCAACCUGACCACAAACGAGGGUACAAUAAAAUUUCGGGUAACGGGCAAUUUACUGCGAAACACACGGGAAACGGAUUUUACGUGGACGAGUAUAAUAGGAAAAAUGACCAACCUAGAUAUCUAUUACCGUAUUCGUCGAGGGGAAUUCAACGACAUAUUCAACACCAGCGGGACGGUCAAACCUUUAGUCAUUGAUUUAUACGAGGUUAUGACUAUUCUUAUUUUUACAAUAAGAAGUAUUGAUAAAAAGUUGCAAGGAGCGUGCGUGGCUCACGAGGGCGAUUUUGUGAACAAAUACGAAUUCCUAGUCGAUGAACUCGACAAAGAAUUCGACCAUUUAAACAAGGACGUGAAUACAAACAAAGCAACCAUAGCUAUUUGGAAAUUGGUUAACAGAUAUCUUUCAGAAUCCGAAGACUCGUCGGAGCUAACUAACAGCGAUGGUUUAGAAGAAACUGACUAUCUUAACGGGAUAGCUGAAAUCAUUCCUAACGCCCCGUUUCUCAUACAACAAGUAAAAUUUACAAAUGAAAACCAUACGAUUUUAUUGGACCUAGCGCAUGGCGAAGAAGAAAAUAGACGUUUCACGGAUGCCACGAUUCGGACAUUAUCAUUUAGCACAUCUUGUGAAAAUAGUUCGGACGAUGAAGUUCUAGACAAACAAGAUUCUGAUGAUUAUUGUUUUAAAGGAACGGCCGUUGUUAAUGUUACAUUGUCUUGAAUAUUUUUCAAGUUCAAUUACUAUUUUAUGAUUAUAUAUAAAAGUGCAUUUUAUAAUAAAGUUACAAAAUCAGUUACAAU